CAUUUUGUCUCCGAGAAGCAAGAUGGUGGCAGUACAAAAGGAUUACUGGUACUUCUUGGUACUCAUGAUGCAGCUCUGUUUUCUCAAAGGCUCUGUUCAGAUGAAAGCCCCAGAAUCAAAAGUCAUACUGAAGGAUGGAAUGAUAUUGGACUGCCUGUGUCCGUGGACUGGCCAGCUCAUUAUGGUCUCUUGGACUAAAAAGUCUCUUUCAAAACCUGUAGCUGUUUAUCAUCCUCAGUAUGGUACCAACUUUGAGCCAUCAUAUGGCGGCAGAGUGGAGUUUCUGAAAACCACAGAGAUGGACGGCAGCAUUUCCAUAAUGAACGUCACUGAGGGUGACAUCGGCCAGUAUCAUUGCUCUCUGCAGACUUAUCCUCAGGGUUCAUGGACCAAAGACACAUUUGUCGAAAGAGCAGCAAUCACCACCACCUUCUCUAUUCAAACGGACAAUAAGCUGGUGGUCACAGAGAAUGACAACCUGACCAUUAGAUGUGACCAUGUCCAUAAUGGUGAGGUUUACCAAGUAAGCAUUGAGAAACUGGAUACCGAGGUGGGCAGUAGUAAUAUUAUAGCAACGUGUCAGAUGCUAGAAGAUGGUGUGGAGCUGAGCGAGUUCAACAGUAGAGGACGACUGAACUGCAGUGAUGCUAUGGAGGUCAGUCUACACCUCACCAACAUCAUCAAAGAAGACGGAGGACUCUACCGCUGCAACUUCAGCACAGACGCCGGUGUCCAGUCCACCACAAUCCUGCUGACCACUCUGCCUGCUCAAGAUUUUAGGGGUCUUCAUCACAUGCUGUAUGUGUAUAUUGGAGGAGGGCUGGUUGGUGUCGCUCUUCUGAUGAUUUUAUUACUGACGUGGCUGAACAGGAUGAAAAGGAAGAGAGAGGAGUACAGAAUCAAACUGCAUCCUGCUAAAAGACAGGUAAAUAUAAGUACCAGCCUCACGAAUGAAAACCAGGAUACGAAGGCUCCAUUAUUCAUAGGUGAACUGACAAUGCUCAGCUUACUGGAGGAAUAUGAGUUGCUUUGUGAGACAUAAUGACUUUAAAUGAUUAAGAUCAUUCAAAAGUUCAGAUGUGAGGUUUGAGCACAGAGCACUUAACAUGUACAGGAAUAAAAUGAAUCACAUUUUGAUGCAUCUACAAAUCAAAAAUUAUGCUUGGUACUCUAAAAGAGAUGGGAUUUGGCCU